UCAUUCGUUUAUUUUCACUCUUAUCUGUGGAGUCGACUUGCUUAAGUUUCAAAUUCGGUCCCUGGAUCAGUCUUCAUUCAAAUUUGAACCACCAUAUAUUCCAAAUUAACAUCCCAUUCUGUAUGUCUCUUUCUUUCUCCAUGUAUUCUACUUAAGCCUGCGUAUUCGACCAGACGGCAGUGAGUGUGGUCAAAUUCUGAUAGUAAAGCCAAAUGCCUGUGAUACUUGGUCUUCUGGUUAUUAGUCUGUGCAUAGCAGCAUCGGUACUCCCUACGCAAACGGGAGCGAGAUCAUCAUGGAUAUCAUCAGAUUAUAAUGAUGAUGCAAAGGAAGCAGAUAGAGUGAUCGGACUGCCGGGUCAGCCUCCGGUGAAGUUCGAUCAAUACGCAGGCUACGUAACCGUGAACGAAACUCACGGUAGAGCCCUCUUCUACUGGUUCUUUGAAGCAGUCAAAACCCCCACAAAUAAACCACUCGUCCUUUGGCUCAACGGAGGACCUGGAUGUUCCUCAGUUGGAUAUGGAGCAGCAGAGGAGCUAGGCCCUUUCUUCCCUCAAAAUGGCGCCAAACCCAAGCUCAAGCACAACCCUUACGCCUGGAACAAUGCUGCCAAUCUUUUGUUUCUGGAGUCUCCUGUGGGUGUCGGAUUUUCUUACACUAAUACUACCAAAGAUAUCAAGGAAUUAGGGGACACCAUUACAGCUGAGGAUUCAUACAAUUUUCUCAUCAACUGGUUUAAAAGGUUUCCAGCAUUUAAGUCCCACGACUUCUAUAUCACUGGAGAAAGCUAUGCAGGGCAUUAUGUUCCACAACUGUCUGAGCUCAUUUUUGACCGUAACAAAAAAGCAUCCAAGGACAACUAUAUAAACUUCAAGGGAUUUAUGAUUGGUAAUGCAGCAAUAGACGAUGAAUCAGAUCAGAAGGGAUUGAUUGAUUAUGCGUGGGAUCACGCAGUAAUUUCUGAUCGGCUGUACAGUGACAUUAAGAGAGAAUGCAACUUCAGUGUCCAAAACGUAUCCAAAGUGUGUAACAACCUGUUGGAUGAGUACUUUGAUGUGUACAAAAUCAUAGACAUGUACAGCUUGUACACUCCCACCUGUGUCAAUGAUAAUAACACUCUAUCAGUCCCUACUCGUCAGCAACACUUCCGCGCCAUUGAAGGCGCUCCCACUUUGUUUUCUAGAGCUGAAGGACGGGGAAAGAGACCACAAGGUUAUGAUCCUUGCUCAUCAGAUUACACUUAUCUGUACUUGAAUAAUCCAGAAGUCCAAAAGGCUCUGCAUGCCAAUGUCACUGGCAUUCCCUAUCCGUGGACUCACUGCAGUGAUAACAUCACCUUCUGGAAGGAUGCACCACCAUCAGUUCUUCCUGUGAUUCAGAAGCUUGUCGAUGGUGGUCUCCGCGUCUGGAUUUAUAGUGGUGAUACUGAUGGCAGAGUUCCGGUGACAUCAACUAGAUACGCGUUGAAGAAACUCGGACUGAAGAUCAAGCAAGAUUGGACUCCUUGGUACAAUAGCAAACAGGUUGGCGGGUGGACAGUUGCAUACGACGGCCUUAUGUUUGUGACAAUUAGAGGCGCAGGUCAUGAAGUUCCAGUUUUUGCACCAAGGCAGGCGCUCCUCCUCUUGGAACACUUCUUGGCUGAUAGGAGUCUCCCACCAAAACCAUUCUAACAUGAUGAAACUUUCCUUUUUGUCGUUUUGUCAAUAAAUAUUAGAUCAUGAACUUGUUGAGUCUCUGCCCUAGCUAAGAGCUAGCUGAGAAUGAACUAGUCAGAAUCCAAGUCUUCAAUGGCAUUAUUGUUUAUUUGACAGCUUCCAAAUUAUUUAAAAGAAGAAAUAACAGAAUUAGCUUCCAAAGCUUCUGCGUACACAGUCUGAAAGACAGACAUGCAGGGAGAGAGAUUAGCAAGUUUUCAUCAUUAAAAAU